UGACGUAGUCGUCCGCACGUACGCGACCCGCACAACACGAAAGUUAAAUUAUCUGCGCGAGUCUAACGAAAACUUACGCGAAAAAAAUGUUUUUACAGACGCUCGGGCUGUAUUGUCUUUCUUGCCGAAUAUUUUUGUAAUACAAUGUAACUGAAUAUUCGUGUUUAUCCUCGUGUUAUUGCAUUUAGCGCGCCGUGGGGGGCAUUUAAUCCCCCUGUCGUUUGAUGAGAGGAAGUUUUCGACUCUCUAAGGUUGAGUGAUUUAGGACAAACAAAAUGGCCACAGAAUCUGAUUUAGAAAAUGAGAUUAGCCCCAUUGACUUCAUUCAGCUGCAGGAGUACAUCGAAUACAGCAGGAUGAAGGCGAAAGAUGCAAUAAAGGAGUUUCAUGCCGGCGGCAAGCUGGUCCACCACAGGUUUGGAGACCACCUAGAUGCAACAGGAUUUUCUCUGUUCCUCAAGAAUUAUCUUGAGGUCGAAGAUUUCCCGGCUGAUCUCUGUCAACGUCUCUACUUGUAUUUUCAAAGAUCUGAGCAGUCUGGUCCUGAACAAAGCCUUCACGCCAAAGAUGGCUGCGUCUCUCUUAAAGCUGUAUCUUGUUACUUUUCCAUAUUGGAGGAUGGAAAUCCACGAGACAAACUAGAGUACACCUUCAAGUUAUAUGAUAAAGAUGACAAUGGACUUCUUGAUAGCAAGGAAGUUGACAAAAUUGUUACCCAGAUGAUGCAAGCUGCAGAAUACCUUGGAUGGGAUGUGACCGAACUGAAGCCCGUGCUUAGAGACAUGCUGAAAGCCAUAGACACAGACAGCAGCGGUACUGUAACCCAACAGGAAUGGAUACAAGGCGGCUUGAACAACAUCCCUCUGCUGGUUUUGCUUGGAUUGAAGGUAGCUGAAAAAGACGGCCAGCAUGUCUGGCGGCUGAAGAACUUCUCCAGGCCCACGUACUGCUUCGUCUGCCAGAGCGUGAUGCUGGGCCUACGAAAACAGGGCUUGAUAUGCAAUUUUUGCAAACACACCGUCCACAGCAGCUGCGCCAACAAGCACCGCACGCCGUGUGUCAGGACCUUUGUCACGUGCAAAUCAGAGCUAGGGCGCUCCGUUCACGACUGGAUCAGUGCUGACUGUGAAUCCAGCAAAUGUGAGGUUUGCCACAAAAAGGUUAAAAUACUCACCGGAAGGAGCUGCGCGUGGUGCCAUCGCAUGCGCCACAGUGAGUGUGUUCCUCUGGGCUCGUCACACUGUGACUGUGGACCAUUACAGCGUCACAUCCUUCCACCGUGGGCCAUAUGUGCUAUGGAUCCAGUUGACUCGAGUUCAGGAAGCAGUCUGGGAGAAAACCACCUGCUGAACGUGAAUUCAGAUGGACACUUUCUGCAGAUAUUUCCCGUGAAGGACACACACCCUCUCUUGGUAUUUGUAAAUCCAAAAAGUGGUGGAAAACAGGGAAAGAGGUCAGAAUCUCCAUCGACUUGUUCGCAUUGGCUGUUCUGCAUCCUAAAUGGACCAAAACACAGUUUACAUUUACGUUAUAAUUAUGUUCAAAAUGACAUUGUGUUUGAUUGUAGAGUGUUGAGAAAGUUUCAGUACCUCCUGAACCCAAGACAGGUGUACAGUCUUGAUAAUGGAGGACCAAAUCAAGGGCUCCAGUUCUUUCAAAACCUUCAUAAAUACAGAGUCCUUGUCUGUGGAGGAGACGGCACUGUUGGGUGGAUUCUGGAUGCUAUUGAUAAAGCUGACAUGGUGAUUCGGCCUCCAGUUGCAAUCCUUCCUCUUGGGACGGGGAAUGAUUUGGCACGGUGUCUGCACUGGGGAGGAGGGUACGAAGGCACCGAUCUGACAGAAAUCAUGAAGCAGAUUGAAGAGAGCACCCCGGUACUGAUGGACCGCUGGAGUUUGCGAGUCGUUCCCGUGAAUAUGGCCGACGAGGGCGACCCGGUGCCUAAUGACAUCAUCAACAACUACUUCUCAAUCGGUGUGGUUUCUUGCCUUUGCCACCACGCAGCGUGUCUUAGGUGCUGCCCACAGAUCAAGAAGUCCAUUGUAACCCGCGUCAUGUAUGCCUUCAUCCUUUUGCUCGGGACCAUCAUUGCCUGCGUCAUGCUGUCGCCUGGGGUUGAACAACAGCUCAAACGAAUCCCUGGUUUCUGUAAUGGAGGAGCGGGAUCCAAUAUACCAGGAAUUGAGGCCAAUGUUCAGUGUGAGAUAUUUCUGGGCUAUAAGGCUGUGUACCGGGUUUGUUGUGGCAUGAGUUUGUUCUUUCUCACGUUCUCCCUGCUAACGAUCAAUGUGAAGAACAGCCGAGAUCCCAGAGCUGCAAUCCACAACGGGGUCUGGUUUUUCAAGAUUGCAGUCAUGAUUGCUGUCACGGUUGGUGCCUUCUAUAUUCCAGAGGGGCCUUUUACCCGCACGUGGUUUAUCGCGGGAAGCUGUGGGGCGUUUUGCUUCAUUCUGAUUCAGCUGGUCUUGCUCAUUGACUUUGCCCACUCCUGGAACGAAUCCUGGGUCGAUAAAAUGGAAAAAGAAAACAGAAAGCGCUGGUAUAUAGCCUUGCUGUCGGUAACAGGAGCGAACUAUCUUCUGUCCUUCACGGCUGCAGCUCUCUGCUAUAACAUCUACACUCGGCCAGAAGGAUGCAUGCUGAACAAGUACUUCAUCUGCUUCAACAUGUCUUUAUGCGUCGCAGCUUCUGCUCUGUCUGUGCUGCCCAAAGUUCAGGAAUACCAGCCCAGAUCUGGUCUUCUUCAGUCAUCCAUUAUGACUCUGUACACCAUGUAUCUCACCUGGUCAGCCAUGACCAACGAGCCAGACCGCACGUGCAACCCGAGUCUGAUCAGUAUCUUCCAGCAGAUCACGUCCUCCACAGUCGCGCCGCUGGAGAUCGAGAACCAGACGGCCAUCAUCAUUGUGGAUACGGAGGAAACUGUGCCUUCCGCCCCGUACUUGCAGUGGUGGGACGCUCAGAGCAUCGUCGGAUUGGCCAUUUUCGUUCUCUGCAUUUUGUAUUCAAGUAUACGCUCUUCCAACACCAGUCAAGUUAAUAAACUAACCCUGGCAGCUAAAGACACCACAGUGGUGGAUGAAAGCUGCGAAAGUCCUGAGAUAGCAGAAGAGGUCAGAAGGCCGAUAGUGGAGGACAACGAACGGGACACCGUCCAGUACAGCUACGCUUUCUUUCACUUCAUGCUGUUCCUGGCGUCGCUCUACAUCAUGAUGACUCUCACCAACUGGUACAGCAGUCCUGACGCAGACUACAAUGCCGUGACGAGCAAGUGGACGGCGGUGUGGGUGAAAAUCUCGUCCAGCUGGGUCUGUCUCUCCUUAUACACCUGGACUAUGGUGGCUCCUAUGAUCCUCACCAACAGAGACUUCACUUAGACGCACCUUUUUAAAUAAAGGUUCUUGUCUUUCAUUGCUACAGUGUCCCACAGCCUUGAUACUAUUGUAAAAAACAGUUCAGAUGUUUUUACGCAUUUCAUUUUUGGACCAUUUUGCCUAAUAACCUCAGCAUGCGUUAGGACAGUCUCUGUGCCACUGGACAGUGUAUUUUAUAUUUUUUCCAUAUCUGCUUGCUGCUUUGGAUGAAACCUUUUUCUUUUAAUAACGGUAUGUUUGUACUUUUGAUUUAUGCUGAAACGGUGUUUUAUUUCUGUUAAGUCAGGCAAAAUCUUUCUAUUUUUUUGUAAGAAAAAAUUCAAUCAAGGAAUAGUGACAAAAAAAAACAUUUAUUACACAAUGAGCAGUAACGCAAACAUAUUUUGGUUAAAUAUGAAAUAUUUUUGUACAGCCAGGGGAACUCUUGUAUUGUAUCUACAGCAAAUAAAUGAACAUUAGUAUGUUUAUAAUGCUUUUUUGGAAAUCAAUUAAAUUGAAAAUAAGUGAUGA